CUGCCCUUCUGACCCGCCGAACACUGCAGGACAAAUGGAAAGGAGCUUGUGAAGAGACGGGGAAGUGGAGGGGCGGCGCGAGGGGGGUGGAGGCGUACUACGAAGGCUCCAGCGAAGGUCGGGCAGGCUGGAGUGAGAGUUGAGGUGUAGUAUAUAAGGUGGUGUUGGGUCGUCGGUGCCACAUCACAGCCUCCACCAUGCAGCUCCUGGUCCUCACUUGUCUGGUCGCCGUCGCCGCCGCCGCCAACCUGCAGCAGGGGUACAACCUGCCCUCCCCGCGGCAACCAGGUUUCACGCACGGGCGCCCCCCUGUCACCGGCUACACCACUCCCACAGGCUUCCCCCAUGGCCCCACUGGCCCCGGGCUCGUCCAAAGCUGCGGAGAGGGACAGGUGCGUCACGUGGACGGCAGCUGCGUCUCGCCGCAGGUAACGCGUAACCUCUACGUGUACCGCGCCCCCGACCUGACGCCCAUCAUCGGGCCCCGCCCCCCCGUGGCCCCACCCCGCGUGGAGCAUAAUAUCGUGUUCAUCCACACCCCCAACGGCCUGUUCAGCCAGGAGCCCAUCGUGGUUCCGCCACCGCAGCAGAAGAACGUGGUGUACGUGCUCAACAAGCGGCCCCAAAUUGACCCCACCCUCCUGGAGGUGCCUGCCGGUGAGCAGCAGGCGCCGGAGAUCUACUUCGUUAAUUACGCCGAGGGCGAGAACCCGCAGCUGCCUCUGGGCGGCGACCUGCAGUCUGCCCUCAGCAAAGCCGAGGAGAGCCACGGGGCGCUUAUCGGCGACACGGGCGCCACAGGGACCACGGGCGUCACGGGAACCACGGGCGUCACGGGGCCCGCCUCUAGCCCCGUUUCUGCCCCAGGCGGCCUGUACACCUACCCGUAGGCCAGUGCGCCUCGCCGCCCCUGCACUCCGCCCGGCACUCAGCCUGCUCCUUGUUGCCGCCAGCCUGUUGGUCCUGCUUCCCUCCAGUGCCGGGCCUCACGCUUCAUGAAUUGGCCUUAUUUAUGACUUUGUUGUGGCGCCGCGACAGCCCGGGACGAGGAACUGAGACCAGAGUGUCAGCAUUUCACAACUUCAGCAACUCAGCCAGUCACUACAUCAGUUCGUGUGUUUGCAGGCCAGCCUGUCAGCAGGUCAGUCAGUCAAUGUCUCAGCCCUUCGUCCUGGCGCUGCCCUGUCCGCCAAGCCAUCGCUUUAGCUAAAUAAAUAUUUUAUCACUAA